CCUGCAAUAUCUGUCCGGUGAAAUAAACGAACGAGCGUACCUUGCAUUUUGUGGCAUCAUCGUACCUGAAACACGUUUGAGAUUAUCCGUGUGGUAGAGUUCAGCCACAAUCCAUUUGUGGCAGCAGUUUGGUUCGAGACGCCAACCCACCUACCCAAUUCUAUGUCCGUUGCCCUUGCCGAAUUUCCUGCUACAGAAACGACACAAUCAGCACCGAAGUAUUCUUUCCUGCUACACCCACCACCGCAGAAGAAACGCCCCACAAAGCCUCUUCCUGCUACACCUGCCGAGGCUUCCUCUAGCUCGAACAAGCCCAUAUCAGGUAGUUCUCGAUCGCCAACCACAUCGGCCAUCACUGCCUGGAUAGCCAACGUCCAACCGGGAUCUCCAGCACCGCCCACGCCAAAACAGAAAUCUCAGAUAUCCAACACGCACCGCCCGUCAGUUACUUCAUUAGAAAGGUCAUCUGCGAGUUGUAUCACCCCAUCCGCGAAGGACUUCAAGCACGAUCUCACCACAGUCGGAUACGCUUCUGUCUUCGUGGCCGUCCCCUAUACACCUUUUUCUGCCGCAUAUCCAUCUACCCCUGCAUCGCAAGCUCCUAAAAAGCCAGCUCGACGCGGUCUCAAGCACUUCCGCUCGCUCUCUGCAUUGAAAUCUACCCGUUCCAGCUCGAAUUCCACCAACAUGCCCGCUCCUGUUCCCCUCGUGAAGAAAUCCAUUCCGAAGGUGCCCGCGACUACUCGCGCCCAAUCGAAGGACACCGUGAGCAAGAGCAAGAAAUCGCAGUAUGCCAAAUACUGCCCGCCGACAUUCGCCACGGAGCUCGCGCUCGCGCAGCUCGCCGAUGGAGGCAAGAUGGACGAUCACAUUAGACGCUUCGCAGAAGCCCAGGCGCGCGCCGGUGGCGCACAGAUGGUGAACGGCGUUCUCGUCGGUGUCGGUGAUGCUUGGAGGGAUGGUCAAGGGGGCGUCUGGCGCGACCAAGACGAGGAGUGGGAGUAUGCGCAUCUGUUGGGCGCGGAUGACGAGUGCGACGGCGACGUCGAUGGGGGCUGGGUCCGCUUCGGCUCUGCUUCCGGCGCGUCGCGCAUUGGCCGAGAUGAGAGGAGAUGGAGCGUGUCGAGCGAUGACUCGGACCUCGACCCGCGGUAUGCCAUGCAGGACGAUGCGGACGCGCGAGACGACGUUGCUGUGUUCGGGAGCGGCUCCGCAAUGCGAAGACCAGGAAUGUCGGCGCUUGCACUACCAACACGACACCGCCGACCAGCACCGCAUCUCCGCAAGCCCGAGUUCCUGCUUGACAUAUUCCCCGUGCCCGACGAACCUGCCUCUGCACUGAACAAGGACCGUCGGCGAGCAACUCCCAGCUCUGCGUCGAAGUGCCCGACAAACCCGCUGGACGAUAUGCGGAAAGACUUCCUCGAGAGUUCAUUCGAGCCUGCGCCUGCGCUCGUCCCUCUGCCUCCCCACCAUCACUCACAUCAGCGCCCAUCAGAACCGCCACGCGUUUCAUCACGGUCUGACACCCGCUCAAUGGCGGCAAGGAAAGUCGCUCAUAACGACAGUGGUAAAUCACCGUCGAAAAUGAACGUGCGCGGCUUCUUCAGAGCCAUGGGAGGCAGGAAAUCAGAUAUCUAGAGAAUGGAGUAUCAAAUCUCACCUUCGUUAUGACCCGUGUGACAAAGUCCAGGCAGAACCAAAACUUGUUGUAUCUUAGGUUAGGAUCUCGCGCAAAAUGCUUCAUGUACGCAACGAUACCGUAUGUCUGUAGGCUAAUCAAUGAGUUCCAUUGCAUCGCUGUCGGAAUAUUUCGAGAAUCACAUUCGGCUCUUCGGUGAGAUUCGCCCAGAAAUCUUGAUG